UUUCCAUCAGCUGAUGCAUUGAUAACAAACCAGCUUUAGCGAAGGUUGUAUUUAGUUUCUAGCGGUGUAAAUGAGUGGGUUGCAAAUUCUCUUGGUGUACCUGGUCAUAGCAUGGCCAGACUUUCAACACAGUAGAUAAGGAGACAAGGUAGUUCAAGAUUUUUAUCCUUAUCUUGUUUAUUAGCAUAUACAUGGAGUUGUACUAUAACUAAUGCAGAUUGGGAAAUAAUGUGUUAAGUUCAUUGGAACCUGCUGAACAGGGACAAAGUUCAAUCUACAAAGCUUCUUAUUUGCUCUUUAUGGUGGAUCGUGUAAAGGCAUAUAGAUUUGUGGUCUCUCACAAGUUGGAUAGUUACUGUUCUCUAUCUCUGAAAGUGAGCGUAUAAGUUCAGAAGCAUCCGUCAUGAUUGCGUGUGAGAGAUCUGCUCUUUGCUUUCUCCUUUUGCUCGGUCUGGACCAGACUCUGCUGUGUGUAACAGCAGGGAAGAUCCUCAUCUGGCCAGGAGAAUUCAGCCACUGGCUUAACAUCAAAGUGGUCAUGGAUGAGCUCAUAGCAAGAGGACACAACUUGACGAUCGUUACUCACAGCGCUACACCAUCUGUAAAUACAGCUCAGUCUCAAGGCUACAACGUGGACAUCAUACAGGUGCCUCACACCAAGCAGGAUGUCUUUAACAACUUGGAAAACUUCGUGAAGUACUGGAUGUAUGAUGUUCAACAUGACAACAUAAUCCAGACUUCUCUGAAGAUCAGUGAGAUCAUAGGGAAGGCUACAGAGCAGAAUCAGGUAUUGUGCAGGGAGCUUUUUGCACAUGAAGAUCUGCUUGAGAAGUGGAGAAAGGAACAGUUUGAUGUUCUUCUGACAGACCCUAUAAGUAUGUGUAGCGAUCUCCUGGCUACAAAACUGAACCUGCCGUUCAUCAUCAGUCUGAGGUUCAGUUUUGGGAAUGUCAUGGGGCGUCUCUGUGGGCAGCUUCCAGCACCACCGUCGUUCGUUCCGGCGGUCGGUUUGAGCUACACGGAUCACAUGGAUUUCCCACAGAGAGUGAAAAACGUUUUAUUUAUUCUCUCUCAGUACAUUAUGUUUAAACUAAUGAUCUCAACGAAAUGGGAUAACAUCUAUUCUGAAUUCCUAGGCAAGCCUACAACACUAUGUGAUACCAUGAGCAAAGCUGACAUCUGGUUAAUCAGGACUUACUGGGACUUUGAAUAUCCACGCCCGUUCCUCCCAAACUUUAAAUUUGUUGGUGGAUUACACUGUAAACCUGCAAAACCUCUACCAAAAGAGAUGGAGGACUUUGUCCAGAGCUCAGGAGAUGAUGGUAUUGUGGUGUUUUCACUUGGGUCCAUGAUAAAAAACCUCACCAAAGAGAGAGCGGACACCAUCGCUUCAGCGCUCGGACAGAUUCCCCAAAAGGUCUUGUGGCGAUACACAGGUGAGAAACCAGAAACUCUUGCUCCUAAUACAAGACUCUAUGACUGGAUUCCUCAGAAUGAUUUACUAGGACAUCCUAAAACCAAGGCCUUCAUCACCCAUGGAGGGACUAAUGGAAUAUAUGAAGCUAUUUAUCAUGGAGUUCCCAUGGUGGGCCUGCCGCUGUUUGCCGAUCAGCCUGACAAUGUAAAUCACAUGAAAACCAAAGGAGCUGCUGUGAUGCUUGACUUCAACAAAAUGAGAACCGAGGACUUGAAGCAGGCUCUCGAUGAUGUCAUUCACAAUCCGUCCUACAAGGAGAGCAUGAUGAGACUAUCCCGAAUCCACCACGACCAACCGAUGAAGCCGCUAGACCAGGCCGUGUACUGGAUCGAGUAUGUGAUGCGCAAUAAGGGGGCCAAGCACCUGAGGGUUGAAGCCCAUAACCUCACGUGGUAUCAGUACCACUGCUUGGAUGUUGCUGCCUUUUUACUUUCUGUAAUUGUGUUAGUCGUGUUCAUCUUUGUGAAAACAUGCAGAUUGCUCUUCCGGAAAUGUUGCAGAAAGACCUCAGCAAAGAGCAAGAAAGAGUGAAGCAUCUGUAUAUGAAUGUGUUAAUAAUUACUUUGAUGUUUUGACAUAUAUUUUAGGAAUAUAGCACUAUGUUAAAUGUACACUGUACAAUCCUGUACACUGUACAAGUUUUUUUCUGUUUAAAACAGUACAGUAAUAAUGAUCAGGUUUACUUUGAAAUGAUUCCAACACACUUGAACAAAGCAAUUAAACAGAUCUUUUAAUCUGUAUCAGCAUAGUACGUAUGGUGUGGUUUGCUGUUUAGAUAAAAAAAUAAAGAUUGUUCAGCUUAAUCGCUGAUAUUAAAA